AUGAAGCCGCUGGAGAAAUUUCUGAAGAAGCAGACGUCGCAGCUGGCGGGGCGAACGGUGGCGGGAGGUCCCGGCGGGGGUCCGGGGAGCUGCGGCGGGCCUGGAGUGGGUGGGGGACCUGGCGGGGGCGGCGGUCCAGCCGGGGGACCGCGGCCGCUGCAGCGGCGUCAGAGCGUGUCUCGCCUGCUGCUCCCAGCUUUCCUCCGGGAGCCCCCCGCCGAGCCGGGGCUGGAGCCGCCCCCAGAAGAGGACGGGGGAGAGCCGGCGGGGGUCGCGGAAGAGCUCGGCAGCGGGGGGCCCUGUUGGCUGCAGCUGGAGGAGGUGCCGGGGCCCGGGCCGCUCGGGGGAGGGGGACCCCUGCGCUCCCCUUCCUCAUACUCCUCAGACGAGCUGUCCCCCGGCGAGCCUCUGACUCCUCCACCCUGGGCCCCUCUGGGCGCCCCCGAGCGGCCGGAGCAUCUUCUGAACUGGGUUCUGGAGCGGCUGGCCGGAGGGGCCACCAGGGACAGCGCCGCUUCAGAUACCCUGCUGGAUGACAUCGUCCUCACUCAUUCGCUCUUCCUUCCCACGGAGAAAUUUCUUCAGGAGCUGCACCAGUACUUUGUUUGGGCAGGAGGCAUGGAAGGCCCCGAGGGGGUGGGCCGGAAGCAGGCCUGUCUAGCCAUGCUCCUUCAUUUCUUGGACACCUACCAGGGGCUGCUGCAGGAGGAAGAGGGGGCUGGCCGCAUCAUCAAGGAGCUGUACCUGCUGAUUAUGAAGGAUGAGUCCCUUUACCAGGACCUCCGAGAGGACACACUGCGGCUGCACCAGCUUGUGGAAACAGUGGAGCUAAAGAUCCCAGAGGAGAGCCAGCCGCCCAGCAAGCAGGUGAAGCCACUCUUUCGCCACUUCCGUCGGAUAGACUCCUGUCUGCAGACCCGCGUGGCUUUCCGGGGUUCCGAUGAGAUCUUCUGCCGGGUCUACAUGCCUGAUCACUCUUACGUGACCAUACGCAGCCGCCUCUCAGCAUCUGUGCAGGACAUUCUGGGCUCUGUGACCGAGAAGUUGCAGUACUCAGAGGAGCCUGCGGGGCGUGAGGAUUCCCUCAUCCUGGUUGCUGUGGCCUCCUCAGGAGCUCAUUCUCCUGCAGAGAAGGUCCUUCUCCAGCCAACUGAAGACUGUGUCUUCACCACACUGGGCAUCAACAGCCACCUGUUUGCUUGCACCCGAGACAGCUUUGAGGCCCUGGUGCCCCUUCCUGAGGAGAUCCAGGUCUCCCCUGGAGACACGGAGAUCCAUCGUGGGGAGCCUGAGGACGUGGCCAACCACCUUACCGCCUUCCACUGGGAACUGUUCCGCUGUGUGCACGAGUUGGAGUUCGUGGACUACGUGUUCCACGGGGAGCGCGGCCGCCGGGAGACGGCCAACCUCGAGCUGCUGCUGCAGCGCUGCAGCGAGGUCACCCACUGGGUGGCCACCGAGGUGCUGCUCUGCGAGGCCCCGGGCAAGCGCGCGCAGCUGCUCAAGAAGUUCAUCAAGAUCGCGGCCAUCUGCAAGCAGAACCAGGAUCUGCUGUCCUUCUACGCCGUUGUCAUGGGGCUGGACAACGCCGCCGUCAGCCGCCUGAGGCUCACCUGGGAGAAGCUGCCAGGGAAAUUCAAGAACUUGUUCCGCAAAUUUGAGAACCUGACAGACCCCUGCAGGAACCACAAAAGCUACCGGGAAGUGAUCUCCAAGAUGAAACCUCCUGUGAUUCCUUUUGUGCCUCUGAUCCUCAAAGACCUGACUUUCCUGCAUGAGGGAAGUAAGACCCUGGUAGAUGGCUUGGUGAACAUUGAGAAGCUGCAUUCAGUGGCCGAGAAAGUGAGAACAGUCCGCAAAUACCGGAGCCGGCCCCUUUGCCUUGAUAUGGAGGCCUCCCCACAUCACCUGCAGACCAAGGCCUACGUGCGCCAGUUCCAGGUCAUUGACAACCAGAACCUCCUCUUCGAGCUCUCCUACAAGCUGGAGGCCAACAGUCAGUGAGAACUGAGGUUCUGGUCGGCCCCUCACCAGGGUCCUUGGGCACCUGGCACUCAAGCACUUUGCACGAUUCCCUGCCCACAUCUGACAGCUUUCUUCUGGAGCCGCUUCCUGCCCCACGGGAAGGAGUUGGGUGACUGAGCCCUGGACUCAUAAGCCUGUUCUUCCUGCUGAAGUCCUUUCCCCCAUGCUCCUUCAAGCCCAAGCCACCCUCUGCUGGUUCCUGCCCUCCCAGGGGAAGCAGUGGGCAGAGAGCUCCUUCCCUGGCCCCUCCCAUCCAGGUCUGUUCCGGAGAUGGAGUUUCCCAUCUCCUCUACCCAAGCAGGCAGGAAGGCUUUGCCCACCGCUCGCCCCAUCUCGUCUCACAGAGCAGAGCUGUGGGAGGGAUUGGCAGCCUUCCUCUCCACCACCUGCCUGGUUUCUGCCUGACUUCUUCCUGGUGAGGGCUGGGACCCCUAGAUGCACCCCCAGAUAUUAUAUCGCCCUUGUGUCUGUCUGCGUGCAUGCGUGCGUGCGUGCCUGUGUAUGUUUGCGUGCGUGCGUGUGGCCCUUUUGAAGGAGCGGCACUGCAUCUGGCAUUUGAGGGAAGGUGCUGUGUUACUGGGGAGGGGGUCCUUCUGUUUGGUGCUACCCUUGUCUGCUCUGCUCCUGGGAUGGUGCAGGGUGCUUUCCCCACCCCCACCACUCCCUGCCCAGCUCCUCCCCUGCCCUGCACACACAGGCUUGUGGGUGAAGCUGCUCUGGAGGGCAGGGAGCAGCAGCAGACAGGAGGGUUACUAUCAGCCCUUACAGGUCCCCGACUCAGGCCUCCUAAAGUUCCCUGGGUGGGCUCUGAUGAGAGGGUAAAAGAUGCUCAGGGAAACACAGGUCUAAGCUGCCUACAGGACCCUCCCUCCACAUUGCAGUGGGGUGAGACGUGACGGCAGGAGUCAGGGUUGAUUUCUGCCCAUCCUCCUGGUUUUCGGGUGUCUCAUUGCUAAGAAGGGAGUAUCGUCUCCCUUUGGCUCUUCUGCAGGGAUGCCAGCACAUGGUCUCACCUUCCUCCCUGUCUUGGCUCCCCUCUUGGUCCUUCCCAUCAGAGCUGGGUGGGGUGGACUCCUGUACUUGGGGCAGGCAGCCGCUCCUGCUCCUGACAUGGGGCAGGGAAUGGCAGAGACUGGAAAAGCGAAACUGGGCCUUGGCGAUGGCUCUGUUACCUCUCAGUCUCCCCUCCCUCUCCCAUCAGGGGCCUCCAGGGCUGAGGGUGCAAGACUCCCGGCAGCUACGGGGUGAGGUUUCCUGGCUCAGCCUCACCCUCCUUUCUGGCACCACCUCUUUCCCUUCCGAAGAGGCAGCAGCAGCCCCAGCCAAAGCAGCUGCUGCUCCUGCUCUGAGAGUGUAUAUAUUUUUUACCAAAAGUUUGGAAAUUGUAAAUUUAUUUUUUAAAACUCAAGGAGGGAAAGAGCCUUGUAUCAUAUGUAAACAGUGUAUCAUAUAUGAUGUUGUACAGUCCCUUUUAUACUGCGGUCUGUCUUGUUCCUGCUGCAAAAAUAUGUCUAUAGACUCCCCACCCCCACCACGUCCGCCGGCGCUGUGUCCCACCCCCUCCAUCCCUAGAGACAGUGACCUCUGUCUGUCCACUCUUCCCUGCUACUGCUGAUGUGCCCUUCUCUCCCUGCAGACAUCCUUCCUCCCAACACCUCUCAGCACCCUUGUCACUCCAGUGCUCACAGUCCUCCCCAAACCCAGGGGCCCCCCUGGUCCAGUCUCGGCUGCUGCCCACCUCUGGCCUUGACCCCUGCCCUGCUGCCUCCUACGGGCCUCCCAGACCCCUUCCCAAGCCCCGCAGCUCUACCAGAGUGAAUCGUGCGUGCUCCACAGGCUCGAUUGUCAUUGCAGAAACCUGCUGGAGUCAAAGCCGAUAAAAGUCUAUGAAUCGAC